AUGGUCAAAUAUUUCCAGGUACUGUGGUCACUUUUGUUCUUCAUCAUGCUACAAUCGGUGCUUCUAUCUGUUCCAGGUGCUCGAGUUUGGUGGCCACCACAUGGAGUUAUUAAGAUCAAGUGUCCUUAUAAGAAAGUAAAUUUGAGCUGGCUCAAUAAAACAGUUGAUCCUUGUCCUGGCUUAAAGCAACCCAUCUGUGGCACCAAUUUCGUAACCUACGAUAACCCCUGCAUCUUAUGUCUUGAGAGCUUGAAGUCUCGUGGGAGAAUUAAAUUUUAUCAUGAUGGAAGGUGUUAG